UCUCUGCAUGAAGGAAAGGGGGUGAGAAAGGGAAGCUGUUCAAGAUUUAUCAGCUCCUGAGUAGUGAGAGCCAGAGAGAGAGCACGUCUGGAAUCGCUGCAGAUAGGAAACACAAGGACAGAGACAGGCAGACAGCUCACCGAGGAUGGUAAUUUYGGACUAGGCAUAUUUACGCAUGGCAGUCUACGUUUGGUUGGCAGAGGGUAUUGUUCAGUUGAUGGUGACAUUACACAGGGAACUCUUCAUACAGCAACGGUCUUUAUGGCUGUUUUGUUAUUUUGCGUUUUAUAGCGAAGUUCACUUCAUGUCACCAUGCGGGACAAGAUCAUUUAAACAUUUUGAGCUCUCGUAGGUUCCCUGUGGGGAUCAAAGUAGACUAGAAUCGUAUUGUGUAUCAUUUGACCGAAUAAAUAAUCAUUAUCUAUCAUCACCUCAAACUCUUUGACAAGGAAAGGAAAGACUGAAAUAAAUCCCCCAAAGUCGAUCACCCUCACUUUGUGUCAGAGUGGAAGCCGAGUCCCGACCUGUUCAUGCUGGCCCGGCCUCUUAUGGAGAUGGCUCAAAUACUAGAGAAGAGGGAAGGGACCGGGGACGUACAGGUGCUGGAGUUGAAUGCUGCCAUUUAUGAGGAGAUGAUGUUACACAGUGACAUCGAUGCUCUCAUCCUCUUGCAUGCCAUUAGGACUGGGCGGGAGCAGAGAAAUCUCCAGAGCCAAUCAGAGAAGCCAUCUGUCCAGUCAGAGUAUCUCGCCAUCCAAUCACAGAGAACCAUUAUAUCACCUCAGAGGCUCUACGUCCAACCUGAGAAGCCUGUUGUCCAGAUUGAUAACCGAACCGUACUAUUGAAGAGUCCGACUGCCCGGAGUUGGAACUCAUCUGGCCAAUCAGAGAAGUCCCCUAUAUUGCGGCAGAGUGUCUCUGUCCAAUCACAACACAGCUCGGGGAAGGAGGAGAGGUUUUCCRAUGAAACCAAGCCCCUGAUUGGUGCUUCACUAAAGCGUCCUGUGUCAGCGUUACCAUGGCAGCAUGACCCCUCUCUUUCCCCGACCCCUGAUUAUGGCACAGAUGGAGGUCAGACAUCACUGGGUGGUUCUGAGGGGGCGGCACUACAGGGGGUUCCAUCGAAGGUGAUUCGCUGUGAGCCGGUGUUCAAGGUGAUUCUGUCUAUGACUGACGGUCCCCUGCUGCUGGAGAGGAARUCCUUCAGCCUGGAAACCUCCCUUUCACACUCCUUACCCCUUCACUCCCCACCAUAGAUGCCUCCACCGCAGCCACUAUCCCACACCCAUUCACCAUCUGUCAGAUCAACUGACAGAAUGUACCAAACAGCAGAAAGAUCAACUGACAGAAUGUACCAAACAGGAGAAAGAUCACUGACAGAAUGUACCAAACAGCAGAAAGAUCAACUGACAGAAUGUACCAAACAGGAGA